UGAGCCUGGGCCGGCCUAGAACAUGGGGGUCUGGCAGCCCUCCGUAAUUUGGGCAGGGCUCUGAGUCAGGACUACGCUGAUACAUGCGGACGUGCCCGUGGAGGCUCUGCACCCCCAGACCCACCCCGGAACUAGACUGGACCAGAACACAACAUAGUCACAGCCAUGCAACUGGACCAGACCACAGCGAUCGGGACGCAGCCCUAUGUCUCCAGACACAGCACCGUAACAGGACGAGAACAUGCUGAUUCAGACAUAGCCAUAUGACCCAGAACAUGGCAAUGCCCUGGCUUGCUGGAACUGGACCAGGACACACCACCGUGACAAAACACGGCAAUGUAAUCUUGAGCUGGGACUGAACUGGAAAAGGGUGACCUGGCUGCAGCUACCUGACCCAUAACAUAAUAGCACAACCCCACACUGGAACUGGACCAGCCCAGACCACGGCGACCCUGUCACAGCCACGUGACAUAGCAACACGACCCCAUGCCAGAACUGGAUCGAAACGGUGACUCAGUCACAACCACGUGAACCUUAACGUGGCAAUGCAGUCCGGAUCCAGAAGUGGAUUGGAACAUAGCAACUCAGUCACAUGCAACCCCCACGCUGGAAUGGGAUCGAAACACAGUGACCUGGUCACAGCCACGCAACCCAUAGCACGACAACGCAACCCUGUGUUAGAACUGAACCGGAACACCCCAACUCGGUCACAGCCACAUGAUCAACAACAUGGCAACACAAACCUUUGUUGGAACUGGGCCAGAACAAAGUUACAUGGUCACAACCAUAACAUGGCAACACAAUCCCGCACUGGGACUGCACGAGAACACGGUGAGGCAGCCACAACUAGGGAACCCAUAAUGUGGCAAUGCAGUUUUGGGACAGAGCUGAACCAGAACAUGGUGGUGCAGUCACAGCUCCACAGGAACCUGUAAAAUGGCAAUGCAGCCCUAAGCCAAAACAUAGUGACAGCCACUCAGAUGUGGCCUGUAACAUACCAACGCAAUACAGCCCUGAGCCGGAACCGGACCAGAACAUGGCGACAGUCACAGCCAGGCAGCCUGUAACGUGGCAAAGCAACCUUAAGCCAGAACCAGACCAGAAUACUGUGACGUGGUCAUAGCCACAUAGCCCAUAAUGUGGCAACACAACCUUGAGCCAGAACAUGACAAUGUGGAUACGGCAAUGCUGUCAUAGUAUCGUGACCUAAUCCAUAAUGGAGAUGUGAUGCUGAGCCAGGACUGGAGGAGAAUGUGGAAGGUGCUGAGAAGACAGUCUACUGCUGACGGCCCUGUGUUUCCAGGAAAGGGGCAGAAAUUAAAAAUGUCAAAAGUUACUACAGAGCUUCUUUUGGAAAGAGCAGUUCCAAGAUCGACUAGGCUACGAAAGAUUGAGACUCUGAACUUAUCCAAGCUGCAGUUAAAGACCGGAGACUUGGAUCCCCGGUUGUUUUCCCGUCUGAGACAUCUGCAAAAUCUCGAUCUCUCUGAUAAUCUGUUGGACAAGCUACCUGCUAAUCUAAGCCUGCCAGACCUGCGUGUCCUAAACUGUAGUAACAACCAACUGGAAGAUGUGACUGUCCUGAAGCAGUUCCCACUGCUGGAGGAGCUAAACUAUGAAAACAAUGUGUACCUGACAACCAAUGAUGACUAUAAGGUCAUGUUUCUUUUACAAAAUCUUCGGCUACUCAAUGGCAAGGAUGUCACCAAAUUAGCUAAUCAUGUAAGAGUUGUCAACAGCCGAGAGCUGACCAGCAAGGUCACAGCUCACUGGGAGAGACACUUCCGGAGCCAACUCCCUGAGAAGUAUUCAGCCGAGCACGUGAAGUUCCUCAGGAAAAAGUUUCUGAAGUCUGCACAAACCCAGGUCAUAUAUGGACCCAGCUCCCUCGGUGAAUUUACCCGAUGGAGGGUGAAAAUGAUUGCAGAGGAGUUGCUGGCAUCCAUGCUGGGACAGGAAGAGAACACAAAUCCUGAAACACAAGAAAGGGUGGAAGAUAAUGAGGAGGAGACUACAGAAAACCCCAGGGAGGUGGGAAAUGAUGACGAUGCACAGGUCACAUUAGUCCCCAGCAAGAGAAGAGGGAGUCACUCGACAGCGGGAUCUGUGAGCAAAAGGCCACGGUCCCAGUGUAACACUGAGGAGGAAGUAGUGCUUAGUCCCAGAAAGUCCAGCCAUUCACAGGAUGAGCCGACUCCCGAUAGACCAAGAGCAUCGAACCAACAGACCAAGGUGGCCGAAGAGACUCACAGGAACGGAGAACAGCCUCUGAAAGGACAAAGCCACAGAAGAUCCAGCCAGUUGACAGAGGAGCACAAAAGCCAGGAGCAGGACAAAAGGGUUCUGACCACAACCCCGGCCAAGAACCUAGAAGACAAGGAAGUUAUCAGUUUGGAGCCAUUGCAUUUUCUUCAGUGUCACAGUAAAGGCAACAGUCGGGAGGAUUUUAAAACGCAGCUCUGGUCCUGUGUCUUUGAGCCGCCAUUGGAUUCUGGGGCGAGGAAAGACCCUGUAGUGAGCACUUCCAGAACCAUGGCCACAUGUGGAGGGGAAUCUGUUUGUCUUAUCGACUGUGAGACCGGAAUCGUGCUGAAAAAGUAUAAAGUUCCUGCGGAGGAGUUUUUCACCGUUGCAUGGACAACUCUGACCAUGGUAACUAAUGACGGUCGGAAAAAAAAGCAUAAUAUCCUGGCUGCAGCCGGAAGAAGAGGAAUUGUAAAGCUGAUUCACGUAUCGGCUGAUUUCUGCUACGGAGAGAUUAAGGCUCACAAAAAGCCCAUUGCUACAGCCUGCUUCAGCCCAAGCUGCGAGACACACCUCUUUACUGCAUCCUAUGACAAAAGAAUUGGCCUCUGGGAUAUUGGGGUUCCGGAUUGUGACUACAACUUCAAAGCAAGCCAACUGAUGGUGCUGGAAGUUGCCUCUAUUCCAUUACGGAUUGCCCUGGUCCCAUCCUGCCCAGAUCAGUUCCUGCUGGCUGGUUGUGAAGAAGGUUGUUUUGCCUGGGAUAUUAGACUGGACAAGCCACAGAAGAGCAGGCCUUUUGAAGUGGCCUUCCAGUUUCCUAAUGAUGAGGGAGAAGCAACAGCUUCCCACAGAGUGGAUGGAUUGGCUUUUUUGAACAAGGAUGUUGUGGUUUCUAAGAGUUCUAAGACAGGGUCUAUCUACUUAUGGAGCUGGAGUCGGUCCUUUGAGGCACAGGGGAAAUCAUGUCAGAGGAUACAACCUGCACUUAUUCUAGCUGAACUGGAGUGGUCUACGACAGACCUGCCCUACCUUACCCUCAGCACCUGUCCAGCAGCAGAGUAUGUGUUCUGUGGCGACGAAAAGGGAAGCGUGUGGAUGUACGAUCUCAGCAAGCGCUCUUCAGCCUGGAGGGCCUCCAAGGGAAAAUGCUCAGAGAACAGAAUAGCUCCCACACAGAUUCUCGAGUGGCCAGAGCUUCGAGCAAAUGGGGAGCUGCUGACUGAAGUCUUAAUAAACAACGUGGUGACAGACCCUACUUUCACUUACCUUAUCGCUUUAACUGGCGUAAAUAUAGCAGCGGUAUGGAAAAAAACAUAGCUUGUUCUGUAUGGAAAAUUUCAUUCCUGUGAUGUUUUGAAAUAGUGCAGUAUUAGUGAUUGGUUACUCUUGGAAACAUGAAGUUUUCUAAGCCAGCCCUUAUCGUGCAAUCGAGAAAAACACAAAGGGACUUGGCACACGUGCUGUCAUUGACAAUAUCCGGUUUCUUUUACCGUGAAUUUUCACAAUUUGUGUAUUUGUUUUAUAGAAAUGAUACUUAAUAAAAUGUAAUACCUGGUAA